AGUUAUUGCUAGGUUUGUGUUUUUUUCUAUCUUGCUAUUCUAGCUGCUGUCUGUUAACUAGUGUUACUGCUAUGUAAAUCAUCGUUUUGAAGACGCUUUUAAUGUGAAAAAAAAUUUUGAUCGGUUACACAUCAAUCGCAUUCCUACGGGAUAGUGAAUGCACUUUUCGAGUUCGUCUGGAGUUCUCAACUGUUUGGUGUUGUGUGUGAAAAUCUAAAUUCGUAAAAUUAAAAGUUAAAAAAGUGACACGUUCGUUGGUUCAAUAAGAUUGAACAUGUCUAGAAAUGAAAGACAUAGGACUGACAAGAGAGCUUCAUCAAGUCGUACCAGAUCUAAAGAAUCCCCAAGAAGAGAGCUGGAAAAUGUUGUUAAGAGGGCCAGGAAAGACAGAGAUCAAAGUCAAUAUUGGAUUAACAAAGUUUUAGAAGCUGAAGAAAAAGAUCCAAAUAGGUGGAAGCAUUCUGGUUUCAAAGAAUUAUAUAGUGAUCGAAGAUCUAGGUCAAUCAGUAGGCGUUCAUCUAGUAGUUUUUCUUCUAGUUGUUCACGUUCGUCUAUACGGAGGUCUCCAUCCCAUAAACGACGUAGACCACUUUCACGGUCUCCUGAUUUAAGAAGAUCGCGCAGAUCUUUAUCACUUCGAAGAGGAUCUCCAUUAAAUAGACGACGUUCACCAUAUCGAGCAAGAAAGUCUCCUUUAACUUUGCAUUCUAGAAGAAGACGCAGAUCCACAUCAGAAUCACCAACAGCCAAUAGUUCACGUGUCAGACGGUCCAGAUCAUUAAGUAGAAGACGUAGAUCUCCCAUACUUAGUCGCAGCCGUAGAAUAGCUUCACCUCCUCCUAAAAGAAGAGGGUCUAAAAAACAUGGUCUUAAACGUAUUCGAACAUCAUCAGCUGAGGAGGUACGUUCAUCAAGUGUAAGUACAUGUUCAGAUUCUCAUUGUUCAGUUUGUGAAGCUAGAAUACCUGCUACUAGACGAGAGCCACCACCAGAACCAUUAGCUAGGCCAAAAUCUCCAAAAAUGUCCAGACCUGUUAUACCCAUACAUGAACGUUCUAGAUCAAGAUCGUUUUCAGUACCAAGGUACACACCCGUAGUAGAAGUAAGUUCUACUACUGGAUUACCUAAAGCUGGUCCACUUCUAGAACCUCUACCAACCAAAACUAAACGUAUUAAAAAAGUGAAAUCGCACAAAAAGAAAAAAUCACAUAGAUCAAAAUCUUCACAAAUUGAAACUGCUGUUUUACAUCAACCAACAAUUAAAGUAGAAUCAAUGUCGGAAGAAGAAUCUAGUGUUGGUGGUUCAGAUAUGCCUAUGAGUUCUUCUUCUGGAGGUCAAUUAACAUUAUCUGAACGUUUUAGUAAGAUGGCUCAAAUGGGUCGCGCCCAUGAGUUACCACAAAGGAGUCUUCGUGUGACAGCUGGUGAUGAUUUUAGAGUUGAAAUUGGUUCACCUCCUCAUCCAUUUCCUACUCCAGCUUUAGGGUCAUUACCAGAGGGUACUUCUAUUGAAGAUGUUAAAGGUCGUUAUGCUUAUUAUAAAGAUCAAGGGUAUUUAGGUGAUCUUACAUUAACUGAUUAUGUCAAGUGGGAAGAAUGGUGGUAUAAAUACCAAGAUUGGUUAGAAGCAGAACGUGCAUAUGAUGCUCAUUUGGAUAGGUACAGAGACAGACGAUAUAGAGAUGAUCCUCCUAUAUUUUGACAUGAAAAAAGCUCCAUGCGAGGUCAUCAGCAAUAUGCGGAAUCUGACGAUGAUGUGUAACGAUAAAUAGUUAUAAUAUUAAGUGAAAAUUAUUAACAGUUAAACAAAGUUAUCGAAGAAAACUUGUGAUCUGUGCAUAGAAAAUAUACUAAAAGUUGAAUAUAAUGACUCUUGAAAUAUCACACUUGAUACCAUCAAAACUAUUAAUAAAGCAGCUUUCAUUAUGGAGUGCUUAUAAGUGUUUUUACUAUAAAUAUUUACCUAGAUCAUUGAGUAGGUAAUCAAAAUUGAGUUAUUAUUACAUAUAUUCAUUUUUUAUUAUUUUUGACGAAAUCGCGGCUUUUAUGUAGUAGUAUUUAAUUUGAGUAUUGUGUUACUACUUUUUUGUAAACAUGUAAAUUACUCAAAAAAUAAAAUUGUUGUGUAAAAGUUAAUAUGAGAAAAAUUUAAAGAGUAGAUAAUGUGUGACUAUGUGUUAAUCAUGUAUAACAAAAUAUUUGAGUCACUUACUGAUCAUUUUAAUUAAGUAUAAGC